UUCGGGAGCUUGCAACCCGUUUGCGAGAAGUCCUGUCAAUCCACCAUUGCGUGUUAGGUUAGUGUGGGAAGGCGUCGUGUUGUGUUUUGACGCGGCACGCGGUAGCGGAGCGCGCGGCGGUAUGGCGCUACAGCCCUGGUGACUCAGUCGUGUGGCGCGCGCGUUAGCGGCCACUGUUCUCCCAGUGCUCAUGCGAGUGCAGUGUCGACGCGAUGAAGUGGCGCGCGGCGCCUUCCCGCGCCAAAGAGCGCGCCAAUAUCAGUUUCUUCAUCUUCAUCAUGUUCUUUGCGGUGUUUGGUGUCAUAAUCCUCACUGAACUGCUGCCGCUGGAACGGCCCAAUGAGCCUGGUUCCGCAAGAUCGCGUAGCGAACAUCUGCAGGGAUGGGACGGUCGGACGAAUCCAGGGAGUAAUGAAGAAGGAGAGACUCCGCCACCAGCGCACGCCCCACUUGACGCUGUCUGGCAACCCGUUGACGGAACCCGGUUUCGUUUCUACGUGUAUUCGGCGUACGUGGAGCGACGGACGGUGGCUGCGGUGCGGAUAAUCGCGGCGACCAAGACGCGAGGCGCGGACAACGUCAUGUGUCGCAUGUGGCUGCCUGAUAACCGCACGCUCACGCUCAAAGCUAAAGUCAAGGCGAUCCGCGAGAAUUGGAAUCUAAAAUACAGCGCGACGUACGUGCUGUGCCUACUCCGUGACUCGGGCGUGAAGCCUCAGGAGACUGUGGGUGCUUCAGUGUCGGUGGUAGCCAGUAACAGGCCCAAUGUACCACCCACUAACCUGCUUGUUGUGCUGGAUACCGAAGCUAAACCGGGGAUUGAGGAAACACUACACAUCUGCGUAAAGCCGUUCCAUUACUCGUACGACCGCGACCAGUGGCUGGUGGAGUGGUUCGAGAUGAACCGACUGCUGGGAGCGAGUCACUUCUACAUGUACAACGAGUCGUUAAGCAGGCCCGUCGCGUGCUUGCUCGAGGACUACCGCAAGCAAGGCCUGGUUACAUUACUGUCGUGGAAACUUCCUAUAUUGUCUAAAGUUGAAAUCAGAACAGAAGGCCAGUUUGCAGCGUUCAACGACUGCCUAUACAGGUCGAUGUCGCGCGCCGGCUGGCUGCUCGUCAUAGACGUGGAUGAGCUGGUACUGCCGCGACGAGAGAGGACGCUGCCGGCGCUGCUGACGGCGUUGAGAGCGUCAUACAACCCGCCCUCGAAGGCGCCCUCUGCGUUCCUGUUUAGGAAUGCCUUCUUUUACCUUAGAUGGGAGGACGACGCCGAAGCCAAGGUGCCUCUCCUAACAGCGCGCAAGACGCGUCGCUGGAGCACGCCGCACGCGCUGAAGAACCGCAGCAAGUACGCGCUGCGCCCGCGCGACGCCGUCGAGCUCGGCAACCACUUCGUGUGGGAGCUCGCGCCCGGCGCCAGCUCUGUGGGAGUGCCCAAUGAUAGGGCGCUACUGCAUCACUAUCGGCUCGCGUGUGAAUUUGGCGGUUCAAAUUGCCUAAAAGUGCCAUCGACAAUAGACCGCACUGCACACCGGUGGAAGGACGAGCUACAACAACGCGUUGUCGACGAACGCAAGCGACUAAUCAACGCCUGUGCCACGUAAACACCACAAUAAUAUAAAUUAUGGGAGUAUAUAGUACACAAAUGUGUCUCCUAAAGGUUCAUUUUGAGCCAUGCUACGGAUCGCAGCUCAUGCGACAUCAAAUAUGAAUCAUGCUGCGGUUUCUGAUGUGUGUCAUAGGAGCGAUUCGCCACAAGGCACAGAAAUGCACCUUUAACGGGACACUUGGGAAUCACGUUCCUAGUAGCCACGGAACGGGGAAUAAAUGUUAGUCUAUGUAGACUUUCUAUACUAAAAUGUACAGUUUAACCCGAACUCGGAAUGUGAACAAGAAUAUAUGUUUACCUGUAACUCCUCUCUUUGUUUUGUAGCUUCUGGAUUCUUUAGUGGGAUAUUUAAGAUGUACUUAUAGUCUUACUACAAAAAAUUAACAGCCGUUCGACACGUGUUCACGUAUCAUACAAACUGUUUUAAACACGUUUUGAACAUCUGUAUAACUUUUUUGUAGCAAGACCAUACUGUUAGUGGCAAAAUUCUGUUGUAUUAUUUUCUGUAGCCUAAAACUAACUUUUUUCUAAUAGGUAUUUAAGCUAAACUGAACAGUUCAGAUCAAAAGUAAUGCAAAUUGAUAAAUAUUUUGUUGUAAUGGUUAUUUAUUGAAUAAUCUUUUCAUUUUCGGAACCCAGACAUUCAAUAAAACUGUUGUAUGUUAGUACAUUUCACAUGACCGGCUGAUCAUGUUAGCUUGUGUGUAGACUUAGGUACCUACCUGUAAAAGUACUGUAUAAUUUUUAUUCGGUUCGUAGAUUCUUGUAAAACAUAUAUAUAUAUAUAUCCAUUUUCAACUUCUCAUAAUUUUCAUUAUUUUUUAUUUUUAACAUGAGUAUUCUUUUCAGCAGAACUUAUUUCUGUUCAUCCAGUAUUUAACGUAUGCAAUUUUAGCUUGCCAAUUAAUUUAAUAACAACGUAAAAAUUAUUAAGUAUCCGAUCCACUGCCAAUUUUUUGCAAUUUCUUUAUAGGAUUCGUUUGUAAUGUUGUACGAGAUUUUAUAGCCUUCCUACAAACUUACCUAAUUAUUAUUCACGAUAACAUUAUGGCGAUAUAUGUUCCUAAAUUUCUAAUACCUUGCACACUUGCUUAUUUGUUUUAUUACCAGUAAUAUUACCACAAUAUGUCGCCUUGUCUGGUAAAAGUAAAUUAUUUGCAGCGACGUGAUUAUCAAUGGAACGGUAGAAUAUCAUUACGACGAGGAAUUAACAACUAAAUCAACGAGUUUCUUCACAGAAUCAAAAACCUCCGCAAAGGCUCUCAGAACAAUGUGGGAACCGGCAAGUAUUCCAUAAUAAUUAUGUAUGUAAUGUCUAACAUUAUUUGAACUCCGGUUUGUAGCGCGUUCGAUAUUGUUAUCUCAGGAUUGGUUAAAAUGUCUUAGGCAUUUCGCAAUAGGUAUUAGGAAGGAAAACCUAAAAGUUUAUAUGGUUUUUUGUUGCAUUAUUAUUUUAUUUUGUGCUAAGAAAAACGUGUGAGCAUCCCAGUUAAUUUUUAUAAAAAAGUAUUUUCUAUGAUUGGUUAUGUUGCCUCGUUUCUCACAGGCGGCCUAAGCAGGCCAUCUAUGUACUAUCCAAUUUUAUCACGUCCAAUGAUAAUUUAGCUAUUGUAUAAAAAUACCUGUCUUUACAAAAAAUAAGUUUUAUAACUAUAUUUUUAUUUUGUACAAUUUACAGCAACACAAUUUUGAUAAUUCUGGCUUUUUCUUACAGCAAGUAACAUUGGGUAAGAGAAAAAGGAAAAUAUAUUAUUAUUAUGUGAGAUAAAAGCUUUAUUCUUAAGUUGAAGAUUUUGUAAGUUCCUAUUUGAAUAAUUUAACAGUUGCAUUUAAUUAAAUUCGUAUUUAUGUCCAUUGCUGUAUUCAUCGGAUGAUGACCCUAAGGGCGUUUACAUAUUUCGCGUCUUUUCAGGUUAAGGGCCCUUUCACACGGCAGUCCAGUUUUUUGCAGGAUACCGUUUUUUGCAGGAUCCCGUUUGAUCACAAAAGAUAUUGUAUGCUAGUGUUCACACGAGCAAACCGCAUGCAGGAUCCUGCAAAAUGCUGUUACCGUCUUAAUAUAUUUUGCGAUCAAACGAGAUCCUGCAAAAAACUGUAUCCUGCAAAAAACUGGACUGCCGUGUGAAAGGGCCGUAACUCGUAGAAGUUGGUCCCGAUGUGUCAUGUAUAAUUGUGUAAUGUGUAAACGGCCUUACUGUCAUAUACUUCGGUCACUUAUCUAGUAGGAACAUACACAAUAAGAAUUGAUUUUACGUACCUGCAUUAUUGCGGUUUAGGUACCUACCUGUUGUACAAUGUGUGUUUCUGCUUACAGUAACAGGCGAGUAACGAUAAUAAAGGUACCUAAUAGGUACUGUGCUUUUGUUGUUUUCGAAUGUAUUACGUGAGGCUGUUAAUUAUAAUUUCACGUAAAGAUAUGGUAAGUCAAUAUUAUUUAAGACUUUCAUUAACCCGUCGAUACCUAAAAUACAUAUACCUAUAAAUAUAUUGUUGAAAUACUUAAAUUUAUUAUUUUAUACAUAAUCUAAAGUAGGUAAUUAUAAUUAUUUAAUGUACGGCCUCAUAUUAGCCCCAACAGAAAAACGUUACAGCAUACCCAUAAUAAUUACAAAGGACCACAUUUAUUAAGUUUAAAUGCAUUAAUUUUAGCAAACCAAGUACAAUUACUUACCUAUGUAAUGUUAUAUAAUUAUUAAAUGCUUAUAUUAAUGUACUAUUUCUAAUGUUUAGAGGAAGGAUUGUGCCAUUCUGGUAAUGUGUCGAUAUGUCGAUAAUUUGCUCAAUGUUCGGUCACCACUAUCAGUAUUAGAUAGCAGUCUAUCUGGCUUUGAAAACAUGUUCAUUUGCAAUUCCAAUCGCAGUAUCAUUGUAUUUACGUAAAUAUAUCAAAAUUAAUAAUAUCUAGAGAAUGGAAAAUAUAGAAUCGGUCAGAAAAUAUGACAAUCUGGAUUCACAAGUUGUCGGAAAUCAUUUAUGAGAAAACUUACAAAAAACGGAAUAGAAUAUGACAUUACUUAGGCCCAAGUCACCGACAAUAUGAACGUCCGCUUUUCUUAAAACAAUCGUUUACUUCGAAAAUUGAUUGUGAAAAUUCACUGUAAGCAGUUGUUUAGAAAAAACUGACGUUUAUAUUGUCGGUGAACUUGAGCCUUAUAAUACUAGGCUUUGAAGAAAAUGUAAAUAGUAAGUUUCCAGUAGAAUAAUCACCUUCAAUGCAAAAAAAUCUCACUGUUGUACUUUUAAUUUAGCUGGAGUAAGGCUUUUUUAUACGAAAAAACACGUAAGUUCAGAAGAAUAUUUUAUUAAUACAUUAUGUACCAGUUAUAUACCUAAUAAUUAGUUUUUACGGAUAACGAUGUUGCUAUCUUCGGCUAGGGAUGAAGGAUUAGUAAUCAAGUAAUUGUACAUAAUAUAUGUAAUCGCCAUGUAAAUAUUGUACUUAACCAUACAAUUAAGUGCACAUGUCUAUGUUAGAUAAUUAUUUUGUACUAUGAAAUGUUGUUUAGCUCGCCUCGCGUUAAGUUUGCUAUGUCACUUCUGCGCCGUUCCUUUACCUACCUAUUGCCCAAAAUCGCUGUUAUUCAUUGUAAUAUGAUUACGUACCUACUAUCUACUUCAUUAGAAUUUUAAAACUCGAUGCUGUGAUCGUAAAAAAUAUUCACAGACGAUUUUUGCUAUUGGAAAUCAAUUUCUUGUCAGGUUUACGAGUUUGUAGAUCGGUUUGUACUAUGUAAUAUAGAAAAAUAUCAGCAUUUAAUAUCUUCACUUUUAACACGUACCAAUGUUCAGUCAAAGACAUCUUGCCAUUAUGUGUAUUGUAAGUUUAUUUAGUUUUCAUCUUAUGAUCAUGGAAAACAAUAGUGUAAGUACGAUAAUAGCUUUUGGAAAAUGUUGGUCAAGCUAAUUUUAAUUUAUUUUAUAUCAUCACAUUAUUAUGAAACAUAUCAAACAUGUAUAUGCAAUCAGCCUCGUUUUUAUUUUCUAAAAUACUUACAUAUGUAAUAAAUAAUAUUCUGCGCAUAAUAUUUAUUAUCUAUAGUUUGUAUGGAAGCUGUUUGUUAUCAAAGUCCGUUUAUGGAAUGAUUUAUAUAUUUUGUUAAUAAAAUAUUAGAGAUGUAAUAAAAUAUCAAAAGGGUGACCAUAAUAAUUUCAUAGUAAGAUGGACUGAUGUUUUGUUUUAUAGCUGGAAGUUCGAAUGUUUCGUGUAUGCAAUGAGAAAUAAAGUAGCCAUUUUUGCUAAUUAUGCAUGUGCCUAAGGCUCUUGUAUAUUAUCUGAAACAGUAGUCAUGAUUGUACUAAAGACGGACUAAUUGUAUUAACUUGUAACGUCCAGGAGUAAAUUUUCAAUUUUUAAGGUCCUUCGAACACAACGCUACGCAAAUCUUCGAUAAACGACUAGGUAAAAAACAGAAUGUCGGCUACUCGUGCAUGUAUACAAAAUUCUUUGAAUUUGUACUACGAUAGUCACUUGAGAGUUCGUAAACUUCGGGUAUCGAAGACUAGCGUAGCCUAGUGGUACGAACGGCCACUCUUAACAUUGAAUAGAAAUGUUAGUAAUUUUCCAAUUACAAGGGAAAUGUAUAAAAGUCAUUUAGAUUUGAACUUACGUCGGCUGUCCGUCAUUUGCACAGAGCUCCAUUAAAGUUAAAGCUUCAUUAAAUCUAUUGCUGUCACUUUUUAUCUUGUUGACAAAGAAAGAGUCAGCAAUAGAUUUAAGGAAGCUUCAACUGUAAUGGAGCUUUGUGCAACCGUCGGUGAAACGACAAAAGUCAUCAGGAUCAGGACGUUGAUGGCAACUAUAAAAUAAUUGUAAACUUGAUUACAUGUUUACUGAAGCAUACCUUAUUAUGUCGGUAUGUUUAUAUUUAUCAUGGUGAUGUUAGGUAGACAAAUCAAGAACAUAAUGUCAAGGCUGUGUGUAGAUAGACACAGCUGUUAUAUAGAUUCUAGAUAGGUAAUUUUAAAGUAUAGUUCCCAUACUACGCGUUAGGAGUUACCCAGCAUACCUUGACACUUCGAAAUGUCCAAUUCAGUACAUUAAAGUUAAGCUUUCUUCUUCAGCACGUGCCAAGGUAUACUGGGUACUAGUUCCAAGCAUUUUUUUCCAAACCUAUGAACCAAAAGAAAGCUAAACAGCGUUUGAUAGACAACUGGUAACAAUUUUAGUGGCAAAAAGGAUAUUUUGUGUCUAUAUUUUAUCUGUGAUGUCUAUUUUAGAGGAGUGGAGCUGUAUUUGUUCAAAGGAGAAAGUGAUUUGUUAGUCGAAUGUUGAAAUGGUCUUUUUUAUUAAAAUAAAAGAAUAUUGACAUUAA